GCUGCCCCUCUCCCCGAGCAGACACGCCAGGUCCUCAGACGCAGCCCAUGGACCUGCGGGUAGGCCAGCGGCCCACGGUGGAGCACCCCCCAGAGGCCCCGCUGCUGGCCCUGCAGCACCCCCAGCGCCUGCACAGCCACCUCCUCCUGGCCGGCCUGCAGCAGCAGCAGCCGCGCUCCACGGAGUCCAUGAGGCUCUCCAUGGACCCACCGAUGCCUGAACUGCAGGGCGGACAGCAGGAGCAGGAGCUGCGGCAGCUUCUCAACAAGGACAAGAGCAAGCGCAGCGCUGUGGCCAGCAGUGUGGUCAAGCAGAAACUGGCCGAGGUGAUCCUGAAGAAACAGCAGGCAGCCCUGGAGAGGACGGUCCAUACCAAUAGCCCUGGCAUUCCCUACAGAACUCUCGAGCCCCUGGACACGGAAGGAGCCGCCCGCUCCAUGCUCAGCAGCUUUCUGCCUCCCAUUGCCAGCCUGCCCAGUGACCCCCCCGAGCACUUCCCCCUGCGGAAGACAGCCUCCGAGCCCAACCUGAAGCUGCGCUACAAGCCCAAGAAGUCCCUGGAGCGGAGGAAGAACCCACUGCUCAGGAAGGAGAGCGCCCCCUCCAGUCUGCGGCGGCGGCCCGCGGAGCCCCUCGGAGACUCCUCCCCCAGUAGUAGCAGCACGCCCGCGUCAGGGUGCAGCUCCCCCAAUGACAGCGAGCACGGCCCCAACCCUGUCCUGGGCUCGGAGGCGCUCUUGGGCCAGCGGCUGCGGCUGCAGGAGACUUCCGUGGCCCCAUUCGCCUUGCCGACAGUGUCCUUGCUGCCCGCUAUUACACUGGGGCUGCCCGCCCCCGCCAGGGCUGACGGAGACCGCAGGACCCAUCCGAGCCUGGGCCCUCGCGGGCCGGUCCUGGGCAACCCCCAUCCUCCCCUCUUCCUGCCCCACGGUCUGGAGCCCGAGGCAGGGGGCGCCUUGCCGUCCCGCCUGCAGCCCAUUCUCCUCCUGGACCCCUCAGUCUCGCGUGCCCCCCUGCUGACUGUGCCUGGGCUUGGGCCCCUGCCCUUCCACUUUGCCCAGUCCUUACUGACCGCCGAGCGGCUCUCUGGGUCGGGCCUCCACCGGCCGCUGAGUCGGACCCGCUCAGAGCCCCUGCCCCCCAGCGCCACUGCCCCCACACUGCUGGGCCCCCUGCAGCCCUGCCUGGAGCAGCUGGAACCUCACUUCCAGCUGAUCAAGAGAGCAGCCAAGCCAAGUGAGAAGCCCCGGCUACAGCAGAUACCCUCGGCUGAGGACCUGGAGACGGACGGCGGGGCAGCCGGCCCGGCGGUGGAUGGCGGCCUGGAGCACAGGGAGCCGAGCCAUCGGCAGCCUGAGGCCAGGGGCCCUGCUCCUCUCCAGCAGCACCAGCAGGUGUUGCUCCGGGAGCAGCAGCGUCUGGCGGGGCGGCUGCCCCGGGGAAGCUCUGGGGACUCUGUGCCGCUUCCCCUGGCCCAGGGUGGACACCGGCUCUUGUCCAGGACCCAGUCCUCCCCCGCUGCGCCUGCCUCGCUACCAACCCCAGAGCCCACGUGCCAGCCCCGGGUCCUCUCCAGCUCCGAAGCCCCCGCUAAGACCCUGCCCUUCGUCACAGGGCUGGUCUACGACUCCGUAAUGCUGAAGCACCAGUGCUCCUGCGGAGACAACAGCCGGCACCCCGAGCACGCGGGCCGCAUCCAGAGCAUCUGGUCCCGGCUGCAGGAGCGCGGCCUCCGGAGCCAGUGCGAGUGUCUCCGGGGCCGGAAGGCCUCCCUGGAGGAGCUGCAGUCAGUCCACUCCGAGCGCCACAUGCUCCUCUAUGGUACCAACCCGCUCAGCCGCCUCAAACUGGACAACGAGAAGCUGUCAGAGCUCCUGGCACAGCGGAUGUUUGUGAUGCUGCCCUGUGGUGGGGUUGGGGUGGAUACCGACACCAUCUGGAAUGAGCUGCAUUCUUCCAACGCAGCCCGCUGGGCUGCCGGGAGCGUCACCGACCUGGCCUUCAAAGUGGCUUCCCGAGAGCUCAAGAACGGUUUUGCUGUGGUGCGGCCCCCAGGACACCACGCAGAUCAUUCCACGGCCAUGGGCUUCUGCUUCUUCAACUCGGUGGCCAUCGCCUGCCGGCAGCUGCAGCAGCAAGGCAAGGCCAGCAAGGUCCUCAUCGUAGACUGGGACGUUCACCACGGCAACGGCACCCAGCAGACCUUCUACCAGGACCCCAGCGUGCUCUACAUCUCCCUGCACCGCCACGACGACGGCAACUUCUUCCCCGGCAGCGGCGCUGUGGACGAGGUCGGAGCUGGCAGUGGCGAGGGCUUCAACGUCAACGUGGCCUGGGCCGGAGGCCUGGAUCCCCCCAUGGGGGACCCCGAGUACCUGGCUGCGUUCAGGACGGUUGUGAUGCCCAUCGCCCAGGAGUUCUCUCCAGACCUGGUCCUGGUGUCUGCGGGCUUUGAUGCUGCUGAGGGUCACCCAGCGCCUCUGGGUGGCUACCGUGUUUCUGCCAAAUGUUUUGGGUACAUGACGCAGCAGCUGAUGAACCUGGCAGGCGGCGCCCUGGUGCUGGCCUUGGAGGGUGGCCAUGACCUCACAGCCAUCUGCGAUGCCUCCGAGGCCUGUGUGGCUGCUCUGCUGGGCAAUAAGGUGGAUCCCCUCGCAGAAGAAAGCUGGAAACAGAAACCCAACCUCAACGCUGUCCGCUCCCUGGAGGCGGUGGUCCGGGUGCACAGUAAAUACUGGGGCUGCAUGCAACGCCUGGCCUCCUCGCCGAACCUCUGGGUGCCCCGGGUACCAGGGGCUGAUGCAGAAGAAGUAGAGGCUGUGACCGCACUGGCAUCCCUCUCGGUGGGCAUCCUGGCUGAGGACAGGCCCUCAGAGCAACUGGUGGAGGAGGAAGAACCGAUGACUCUCUGAGCCGGUGGAAGGGACCGGCCCACCCACCUUGCCCUGUGGACACGGCUCCCUCUGAGGCUGCACCACCGCCCAUUCUGGGUCUUCAGAGACCAUGUGGGCAGGUAGUUCUGGGGCCAGAGAACAGCCUGCCUUAACAGUCACCCCAGCCAGGGAGCUUGAGAAGACGCCGGGUGUAGGACGGGGACCAGAGGACCCUGAGAGGAGCGGGCUGCGUUCCAGCCCCAGCAGGGCUCACGCGAUGUCUGGGCCCCGCGGUGGCCUCCACCCUCAGGACUGCAGAGAGGAGGCCCGGCCCAGGCGGGCCCCUCCGUAACCACUCUCCCUGGCUCUGCAGACCCCAGACUUUGCACACAGCCCAGGCUCCGCGCUGAAAUGUGAACGUGGCCUCAGCCGGGUGGCCCUUCCCAGCUCUGCAGGGUGGCUCCGGGGCGGGGGGUUCCCUCUUCUCAGUGCAGGGAGUCACGACCCGAUGCCCCUGGACGCUUCCCGCGCCACUGGGUACCAAGAGCCUCGGAGACUCCGAGCGCUGGCACCUGCAGACCUCCUGCCGGCUGCUGCCCCGCAGAGCCGCCCCGUGCCAGCAUCUCAGUGCCCUGGUGGACAGACAGGUGCUCUGAGUCCUGUGCUUGCUGAUCCGGUUCCCCCCUCCCUCAGAAGCACAGCGGGACCCCAAGGGCCCCCUCGGUCACUGCCCUCUCCACCAGCCUUCCAUUUUCUGGCGUCUCCACCACCCUGCUGCCUCCGGCCCCACGCAGGAUGAGCACAGCCGAGGGGGAGCGGGUGGGGGAGUAGACGGGCGGGGAGGGAGACUGCCCCGGCAGAGUUUUCAAGGCUUUUGGGGUCCCUGCCUGGGGCCAAGAAGGAAGGUAUUCGUGUAUGUGUGUGUGUGUGUGUAUGAGUGUGAGUGUGUGUCUUCCCCAGGACCCACCAUACCUUGUGUAUGAAUGCAUGUUUUUGUAAAAAAGAAAAAAAUGGGAAAAAAAUCGGAACAAUAAAUGUUUUAUUUGCUUUA